UUCACAAAGAACCUGGCGGAGCACAUCGUGGACCACUACUCGGACCGCCUGCCCGUGGGCAUCUUGCGACCGUCAGUGGUGGUCGCUACCGCCUGUGACCCGUUCCCCGGUUGGGUCGACAACUUCAACGGCCCCAUGGGUUUGCUGGUGGGUGCUGGGAAGGGCGUGGUGCACACGAUCUACAACCACCCGGACAACUACAUCGACUAUGUACCCUGUGACGUCGUCGUCAAGGGAAUUGUCAUGUGCAGCUGCGAGAUCGCUAGGAAGGGGCUGGGCCCGCCGCUCGUGUACAACGCCGCGCAGGCGGGGAUGCAUCACAUCACGCAGAAACGCAUCAUGGAUUUCGGGAUCGUGGGCUGUGCCUUGCUGCCCUUCUCAGAUAUUCUGUACUACCCGUGCGGAGUUAUUACCAGCAACUACCUGUUCUUCCUAAUGCUGUUCUUCUUCUUCCACCUGGUGCCAGCGGUGAUCGUCGACGCUCUGCUCUCCGCCACCGGCCGCAAACCCAUGUUGGUACGCCUGCAGCGCCGAAUCUACUCGGCCAUGAUUGCGCUUUCGUGGUUCCUCCUACGAAACUGGGACUUCUCGAACAAACGAUUCCUGGGUCUGGAGAAGAGGCUGCGGCCAGAGGACCGUGAGGGAUUCUCCUACCAAUUGGAGAACAUCGUACCUGAGCUCUUCUUCAGGGACGCGCUGCGCGGCACACGCCGCUACCUCAUGAAGGAACCCGACAGCAAUCUCCCGCAAGCCAUUCGCGCUUAUAAGAGAUCAACUCACCGCCAGGCCUCUGCAACGGAGAGUUUCAAAGCCAAUAUGGAAGCGAGAGAAGGCGAACUUGAAACGUUUAAUUCAUCUGAUCCUGAAGAAACUGUUUUAUGCCACGAUUAUCUGGAUUAUUUUAUCCACGCUCUACUUUCUGUUGUUUGCGGUAUGGUGCAGGUGAUUCGAAAAAGAAAAUCAACUUCAUCACAAAGCCACAAUUUAAACUGGAAUGCCCUUAUCUUGUUUCUUUAAAAAUAUAAUUUUCCCAGAAGAACUUACCAAAAAUAGUGAAUAUGCAUUUUUGUGCGAUAGUUUGUAAUCUACACCCGUG